AUGUUCAUGGAUAGAGGAACUUCUGAUGCCGACCUGUGGACGUUAUCCCAAGGACCGAAUGAACCGCUCCGGGAUUACAUGGCAAGGUUCAAGGCGACCAUGUCCAAAGUAGAAGGAAUAAGCGACAAGGCUGCACUCGAAGCUCUGAAGCGGUCCUUGUGGUACAAAUCCAAAUUCCGACGGGAAAUGGCCCUCAACACGCCACAAACGAUUCAAGAUGCCUUGCAUCGGUCGUCAGACUUCGUCGUAAACAAAGAAGAAAUGAAGAAUCUGGAUGAACAAUACGAAGCAACGAAAGCAGCGAUCCGGAGCUCAAUUUUGACGCGCCCCGCGAAGAAAGGUAAUCCAUCACACAACGCAACAACGCAAAGCUCGGACGAACCAAGAAGCAGAGGUGCCCACAAUUACCAAGUAGGCACUAGACGCAGAAGAGGAGAGCUGUGCAGCAAAAACUUGGGUAAGAGGACCCACCAACUACGACGAAAAGGCGUUCUGCGAGUAUCACCAGCACAAUGCCGAACUCUAGGAGCAAAACUCGCGGCUAAGAUGGCAACGGGAGAGCUCCAGAACGCGGUGAAUCUCAAAGACCUCAUCCCUAAUGAGCCAAAAGAGGGAACCGAGCCGAGCGGCACGGCAGAACCCAGAAAUCCUCCCCGACGAGGCGAUAACACCAAGCGCGACAGGAGAGGUGAACCCGAAGAACGACCCGAGCCGAGGCAAAGAAUCAACAUGAUCAUGGGUGGCUCCCAAUACUACCAAGACACAGUGUCUUCCAUUAAGGCUUACCAGCGCCGAGCCGAAGCGAAGGAAAAUUGGACGGAGCCGACCGAUAUUCCGAACACGAUGAUCUCCUUCGCCAAAGAGGAAACGGCAGGGAUAGAUAGACCACACAAUGAUCCACUAGUGAUCGAAUUGACGAUCAGAGACCACGACGUAGCAAGAGGAGACACUCAGAAGGAUGGGAAUCGAUCUCUCCGAGGUGACAGCGAUCCCCAAACCUCUAACCGGAUUUUCAGGAGAAACGACAAUAACUAUGGGCACAAUAGUCUCCCUGUGGUAGCCGGUGGAGUCACUAGGAUCCUCGAAUUCUGUGUCACCGAUCACCCUGCAAUCUACAAUGUGAUUAUGGGAACUCCGUGGAUCAACGCGAUGAGGGCGAUCCCUUCAACCUAUCACCUCUGCCUCAAAUUCCCAACCCCAACAGGCAUUAAAAUGAUUUGGGGAAGGCAGAAGGAGUCGCGAAUGUGUUGCCUGGCGGAGCAUAAGUUGAGGAACCCCGUUACCGAUGCACGAGCAGAUGUAGAUCGCAAAAAGCUAAAGACGGACCGAGAGCCUGCGAACGAGCUCUCGAAACUCUUAUAG